UAUCCCAACUAACAUUAAAACAUGAAUUCUUAUAAAGAAAUUCAUGAGAAAAAACGCGGUAAAAUAUUGAGUUCUGUUGAAAUAAAUAAAGUGAUUGAUGUGUGGAGAGAAAAUGUAGCUGCUUUGAGAGGAACAUGUAAAAAUUCGCACAUUUAUGCCAAAAUGUGCAAAGAACUGGAAUGUUACGGAAUUCUUCUAACCCCGAACGAAUUGCGGACUCGUAUCAACAAUUUAUCUAGAAAAUAUAGAUCGGAAAAAAAUAAAAUGGGUAAAUCAGGUGGUUCACGAUCUGUAUGGGCAUACUUUGAGACGCUUAAUGAAUUUUUACAAGCAUACAAACAAAACAAUACAGUUGAUUUGAUGGAUGAGAGCUUAGUUACAGUUUCUAAUACAUCAUCUGAAAAAUCUCUUGGUUUAGAGAAUUCGAAGGAAAUGAACUUGGAGGAUUUUGAGUUCGACGAAGACUCAGAAUACUGUGUGCUAUAUACACAAGUUUCAGAGCCAAUAUCUCCUCAAUCGCUUAAGGAAGAGUUUCCGAAUAAUGAUGAACAUUCGACGUCCGGAUCAUUAUCUUCAACAGAAGCAUCUAUACCGUCAUCAUCUAGUCUGUUGUCCGGAACUUCUACGAAACCGUCUAGCUCAGCUAAACAUGCAAGAAGAAGAAACAUUCAAGAACGGUUAUUUGAAAUGGCGCAGAACGAAAAUGAAAAAUUUGAACAGUUCUUGAAAGAAUCGCAAAAGAUUGAUCAGCAGGUGAUUGAGUUGAUGAAAGAAAAUAAUCAACUGAUUGAGAAAAUGAUAAACAAAAUGUGA